CUAACAAACGGUACACUUCRCUGCUAAUACAGCAGUACACACAUCGAUCGUUCGGAUUGAGUGUACGCACGCUUUCUUCUUCCUUUCAUCUUCUCGGAUAAGGUUAACACUGCCAGACACGAAGCAGCCAUUUUUAGCAAGGAAUCUMUUCAUCCUCUUCUAUACCCGUAAAUAGGAAACAGCAUAAAAGUGAAAGGAAGAGUCCAUCGACGCCUCUUUCAUCGGCUUAUCUUUGAACCAAUCCACCCRUCGGCAAUCCUAAGCAACCUUCGAUAGGAUAACACACUCAUCGAAACAGUGAGAACCAAAAAAGCAAAACCGAAACCCAAACUAAAAUUGGCACCCAUUCAAUCCGUCCUCUUCGAAUAGACUUGUAUCGGCACACAAUCACUCUGAAAAAAAGAGAUCCAUCAAAACAAUCCGCAACCAUGUAUCACCGUCACUCCACUUCCUCCACYGGCUCCRYURGAUCGGGAGCUCCRCCACAGCACCACCAGCAGUCGUACCCAUUUCAGCGAGCGAGGAGCGCAGGAUCGAGACACGGUUCUCAAAUGAAUCCAAACUACGACAGCUACGUCAGCCACAACAACAACAACAACAACAACAAGUCGUACUCCUCUCUUCCAGAUACGGACCAGCACUACUACGGGGACCAUUCCAACAACAACGUUUCGUACGACUCCGGCUACGGCAACGACGACGACAAAUACAGCAAACGAGGCAACGGAAGUGCUUACACGAGCAUGUCCUCCCCGACAUUCAUUGUGUGGAGGAUCGUUCCCUUUCUAGUUCUGGUGCUGCUGCCCUGGAUCCCCAACCAGUUUGUGCGCAGCCAAGUCAAAUCCAAGCGGCUACACAUAGAGAGUCUCCUCCUGGAACAAAAACAACUCGUGGAAAACCUCGACCAGACCACCGCUCGAAUCAAUGAGCUGAAACGGGACGUAGAAAUCCUCCACAAGGACAACGAGCUGAGUUUUCAGGAACUCAAGCGCAACGGGAAAUCGCCCAGAAACCUGGCCGCCGGUGAGGAGGAUUUGGGGGACAGGGUCACCACUGCGGCGGAUAUGGAGAGCGAGGGGUACGAAACCAUGGAAGAGGAGGAAGAAAUCCUUGUCAGAAGAAUCGAUCGGUUGGAGAAAAGCAUUCAGAGCAGUGCCGUAAAGCGACUGACUGAAAAGUACGUGAAAAAUAUGCAGCGAAGUAGGACUGCAGCGGUGGCUUUGAUCGAACACACACAGAUCUAUAUUUUCCAUGAACGAGUUCAAACUGACCGAAUUGUUGUGUUUCUUCUCUCUCUCGUAGAUAUGGAAACGGGCAAUACCGUUUCAAAGUAAACGUUCGUGACCAGCGAGAUCGUCAAAGAUUUUUUGUCAUCGAAACAGCCAUGCUUGCAGAAAUGCCACACGCAAUCGAUCACUUUUUCCGAAUGAUAGAAAAUAAGUUGUGGGACGGAUUGCCUCUCAUUCACGAGCCGCAUUCUCUAAUCGUAUCGGCAACCCCCACGCUUACGGACGGAAGUCACGCUUGGGGCGGGCAACGUUUCGUUGAUGCCAAUAUUACACACAUGGCCUUCACCGAGCACUCACCRACGUACCCCCCUCCACACCAUCGGUUGUAUACAGUAGCGUUUUCGGGACGACCGGGUGGUCCGGGAUUCUACAUUAGCCUGGACAACGAACUCGAGUAUGCCCGAGAGCAAGAAUCCACCUUCGGGGUGGUAAUGGAAGGGAGGGACGUCUUGUACCAGUUUUUCCUCCAGAAGGACAUGGGCAUGAGAAAAAUCUUGACGAUCGAAAGCAUCGAAAUCCUUCCCACGAAGAGGCCAAAGGAGGAAGCAUCAUAAUAGCAAUGCUGCGUAUCACGCAACAUCGCAUUCCAUCUCACCAUGCCAUCACAUCACAAAAUACCCCCCCAAAUAAAACGUUCAAUUACAGCUAUGAGCGUCCAUCCGAAUCACACUGCGUACUACAUGCAACACAAAACGAACACAUGACCUAUUUAUGCGUACUAGUAGCUAGGAGCCUGAACUAGAAUUUUUCUUAAGACAAACUCAGUAGUAUUUAUCUUUCCAGCGAUGAAGCGGGUCGAUGGACGACCGAUAUCGCGUCAUAAUAAUUUCUGGUACAUGUAAUCAUUAUACUAUCUGGAGAUGCAAUUGGCCAAAUCCAAACACGAUGCAGARAAAAGACCGUGGUCAAUAUCGCGUCAUGAUAUUUUCUGUUASAUUAAUUGUGAUACUACCUAGAAUUGCAGUCAUAAUAAUAAUCAUGGAGAUAAUACUAUUUUUUCGAUUAGGCCGACCGAUUYAUGACACAUUCUGUUGYGCCGUUGUUGUCAUCCUGUCAUCUWGUACAUGUAGUAUUAUAUGAAAGUCAAAUGCAGUAUGUAAUUCUCCACUGAAACAAAAUUGUAUGUGCAGCACGCUUGCACAUWGUAGAGUUCGUGUGUAAGAUAUUUUCUGUUGGUUUGAGGCACUAAAACAACACAAAACAAGGCACAAGAAACGUUUUAACCCAUCAUAGAAAAAUGUUUGAGGGCCUCCGUGAUCGUGUGCAAAAGGUCUGUCAUACACGCGAGUGACAGAAAACUGGAGGAGGAGUUUCCUGUCWGCAAUGCAUCUUCGGGGUGGGCGAGUUUCCAUUUCUCCCAGUCGAACUGGGGAUCGAKCGAAUCCCGCCGUACCGUCUUCCAGUCGAUCCCAUCGAAGUCCAGCAAUCGCUUCCUCCCCUCGACCUUCCACUCGUAUUCSCCGAGCUGUGGSAGUGCGACUAGUUCUUCCAAUUCGGCUCUGUCUCURUUCCAGCUCGAUGCGUUCAUCAUGGACUGGAGGCGGCUUCCUUCCCCGUAYAAAGCCUUGUUGAUAAAGGUCAGGGUCCACUUGGGAUUAGGAUGUGACUUUCUGGUGAAUCUCAUUCCCUCCCUCAGCUCUCCCGCCACCAACACUCUCGCAAACCAACCCGCGAGACAGUUGUGGUGCACAUGGGUCUGAAUCCCCUUCGAGCCCAUGGCGGUGCCGUGUUUUAUAUUGACAUAGCUGCACGGUUUACGGGGGGCUGUGAUUUCUAUCAAAAGGGGGGAGAGCCCGCCUUCUAUCUCAAAGAUAUCACCGAUAGAAAGAUCAGAGGUCUGGCAACCGUUCACGAUCACCUGUUCUCCAAAGGUCGGCCAUUCCAURUAAUCAUAGCCUUCGUAACACCCCUUAAAGUCAUCGUUCGAUUUCAAGCGCUCGUAGUUUUCUUGGGACUGGAAAAGAAUAGCCCGAUCYUCCCGCACCACCUUUGCUUCCKCGUCUUCCUCGUGCCAAAAUUUUGUGCCAACGAGACCUACAACGGGUUCGAACAUUGCGGUUUCGUAGUCUUCGUCACUCWUGCCUCCGUCGCUAUGGGCCUCGUCGCUCUGAUCAUUAUCGCUUUCUUCUUGAUUUCUCGGGGAAUGAUUCCCGAUUGGCCUCGUUUUCAUUCUUCGACGACAGAGAACAAAUUCAGACUCGAGKUCCKCUUCUUCUUCUUCKWYUGGGGUGUAUCUCGUAUAGAGGCCUCGGACCGUAAAUCCGACAGAUUCACUGGCAACUGAGGAUGUCUCGGCUCCAACAUCCGGGCCGUUGGAUAGGCUGUCCUUUUCCGGCGUCUGAUCAAAGGACAAGGGGGAUGACACGCCCUUCUCUGGGAAAUGCACGGGGCUGUUUUCUGCAGAGUCCGAGGAGCUCGAAGAAUCAGAGCACAAUUCCAGAUCCGGAAGCGCCUCUCUGGAGGAUGCUGUUGUCGACAUGGUGCCGUUCGCUCGGUAAUGGAGGUCACGAUUCAAACGGGCUGCGUUUUUCACUUCUGUUAUUAGCUUUCUUCCAAAAGAAGACCUUUUGCUGUUGUUUCCUCGCAUUCGUCUCAAAAAGAGAGAAGUGACACCGAAUACAUUUAGAAUGCCUUU